CAGUGGUCGAGCAGUUGCCAUCGCUUGUCGCCCGUCAUGAGAGCUCGUCUCGUCGCUCUCGCAGGCUGCCUGGGCUUCCUGCAGCACACAUGGGCCGCAGCGAGCGAGCAGACUGUCUUUGCAGCCCCGUCGCCUGGUCAGUCUGCGCCGAGUAGCUACACGCCUGCCUCUCGAGAUCAGUACGAGAUCAGCUCUCUUGCUCGUACCAUAGACCUCUCGGGCGGCUCAACGGCUCGCAUCAACACUGCUCUCACACUCGUGCCACUCUCGGCCUCAUCCGAGCCUGCAACUUGGCAUCUCGGCAUCAAGUCAAAGAACUUGGCGCAUUUGAGCUCGCUCGAAGCAUACGAAGGCACGACAAAGUCCAGCAAGAAGCUUAUACCCGUCUCGAAAGCGGGUUACGAUAGCCUUUCGGAGACGCAAUACUACGCAGUCCAGUUGCCUGCCCCGACGGCAGACAAGAUACAGAUCACGCUCGCGGAGAUCUACCUGCAUGUCUCGACGCCCAAACCAGCGCAACUGUCUCAACAGACCGAAAGCCAGUCACUCGAAUGGACUGGCGACCUUCUCGCCGGUCUGCAUCAUCAUACAAUCAAGGAAGCGCGUAUGAGAAUCAAAUGCCCGUCACCACGUCUGCUCAACCACAGCGCCCCAGAAGGCUUCGAGCUCGCAAGGACAGCGGGAAGCCCGACGCUGGUCUUUGACGCCAAGUCUGCGCUACCAUCAAGCGGAGAGUCCUACGUUGCGAGCGUGCAUUAUGAGCAGCCCUUGCCACUCGUCACCAUUAGGAAUCUGCAAAGAACGGUGGGUGUCUCCCAGUGGAGCGACAGCAUCAGCGUUGAGGAUCGCAUGGACCUACUCAAUGCUGGCCCAGCACUGAAAGGCCAAUUUUCUCGCGUUGACUUCCAGAUGGCGACUUUCAAUCGACGAGCACCUGGCGCAAUACCGCAUAUAAUUCAAGGCAUCACGGUGCAGCUGCCUAAUGGUGCGAGAUCACCUUACUUCACCGAUGUCGUCGGCAAUGUCUCGACGUCGCACUUCAGACCCUCGCGUGGAGCAAGAGGACCGAGCCAGAUCGAGCUCGCCCCUCGAUAUCCGCUGCUCGGAGGCUGGUCUUACGAUUUCCAAAUUGGAUACAUUCUAACAGCAAGCAAAUAUCUCCGGAAAGCGAAAGGUCGAUCAGGCCGUUACGUACUCUCCGUGCCGUUCUUGUCACCCAUCGCCAACGCAGCUUACGACAGCGUCACGACGCGCGUCGUUCUGCCAGAAGGAGCCAGUCACAUUCGUGUUGAGACGCCUUUUGCAGUCGAUAGUGAGACACGCGAAAUCCAAUUCUCUUACCUCGAUUCGACAGGUCGACCGGCUAUCGUGCUGCAAAAGUCUGCUUGCUCGGACAAGCAUGCCGAGAAUGUGAUUAUCUCGUACACAUACUCGACAGCAGCGCUCGUGCGCAAGCCGCUCGCAGUGGCCGCAGUAGCCAUGUCGCUCUUUCUCGCCACUAUCGGCAUCAGGAGAUUUGAGUGGUCCUUCAAAAGGUAGCAAGCGUUAGACAAUUGC